CAGAGAAUAAAGAGUUUUCAAGGUUUUUGGAAGGGGAAAAUGAUGCAUAUAUUGAUCCAGAUUACGAAUAUGCUAUUUUAGAUGAUAGUUACUCUGAAAUUUCUUGCAAUUCAAAUACUACAAAUACGAUAAAAGCUAGUAAUGUUGAUAAUCAUGAGGACUUUACUUUUAUAAAUGCAAUGUCAAAUUUUAUUAAAGCUUAUGCAGAUUCAAGAUCAAUCAACGAUAAUAAUCUCGAAGAAAUUAACAUUAAUUGGCUUGAUUCUGAGACGGAUUUUACAUCUGAAGCUGGGUCUUUAGUAGAUUUUGACAAUGAGCAAGAAUUGGAUAUAGAAAUUACUAAUCAUGAGGAAACAAGUGAAAAUUCAAAUCAAUGUAUUACAGAUAUUAAACAAGAUGAGGAUGAACCACCAAAACAAGUUAGCCUAAUGAUUGAAAAACAUCCUGAACAGUUUGGCAAGGCACUUGGGCGUUUAAUAUGGAAGUCAAAACGGAAUGUUAAAGAAAAUAUUCAUUAUUUAGAAAAUCCAUUGUCACUUCAAGAGUAUAAACAUGGUUUUCCCUUAACUAUCAGACAAUUUUUCAAUAGUAUGCUCGACUAUAUACAAUAUCAAAAAUGGAUUACUGUACAUAAAAAACAGCAACAACGUAGAAUUAUAGUAACUGAAUAUGAUUCAACAAGGGGCGAGAAGAUCUCAUUAUUUUUAAUCUCGGUUUUAUUAACCAUAACAUUUCCUAGUGUGAAUAUAUGGCUAACACAUAUCUUAAGUUCGCUAUGUCAAAAACCACAUUAUCAAUCAUCAUUAUAUACUGUUUUAUGCACAGCGAACGUAGUGUCACAUACCUCCAGACAUGAAAGGCGGUUAACAAAAAUGAGGCAAAAGGAUGUAGAUCCUUGUCACAAAUUAUGGAGGGGGGAAAAUAUAUUAAACAUAUGUAUUAUGGAUAAUGUAGAUUUGAAGGAAAAAACUUUUACAUAUGAUAAUAUAUUCGAUGCUACAAGAAAAACUAUGCAUUGUAUUAUACGAAUAAUUAUUCAAUUUAAAUUUCCAAAACCCUUAUCGGAAAUAGUUUCUGAAAAUAUUGUUGACAUUGACAUUGAUACAAAUUUUAGGGUUGGAACCUCUAUAUAUUUAGAAAAUGAAUUAUCGCGUUGCACUAAUAUGUUUAAUACUUUGAUUAAUGAAAAUUCAGAUUUUGAUAUACAGGAUAUUAUGUUCUUUCAAAAGUCCAAUGAGCAGCAACAAGUAAAUGGAGAAUCUUUUGAUGUGAUUGACGAUUGCUUAACCGAUAUGUUUUAA